AUGUAUAAAGAAGCCCUGACAGUCUUGACUGGUAUCAUCGAGACCGACGACCAAGAGGUAGAGGCGUGGUACCUCGAGGGUUGGUGCUUCUUGCUCAUGAGCGAGGAUGCCAAGGCCAGAGGUGCCGAAGUCGAAGGCCUCUCCUGGAACGAGCUCGCUCAGGAUGCAAGAGACUGCCUAGAUACAUGCAUCACUCUUUUCGGGAACCAAAAUCACCCCGAUACUGCAAUGCUGAGCCAUGCUCAUGAGCUGGUUAAGCAACUUCAAGACAUGGGCGUCAAAUCGUCAAACCUAGACCCUGGAGAUGAUGAGGAAUGGGAAGAUGUCGAAGGGAGUGAGGAUGAGGACACUGAGAUGGCUGCAUAG